UCUUCUGCAGCGGGGGGACACAGGUGUAGGGCAUCGGCGUAAAACGAGGGAGGGCGCAGCAGAACCAAAGGAAGGGAACGAUUCUUCGUACGGAACGUGCGUACCCCCCUCCGGCAAGCAGGCAUCGGCCGGAGAGAGCUUUCGCGUGUGCCGCAGAGUGGUACGCCCGGCGUUAAUCUUUGCUCCCAUUCAUUCGCGCUCCGCGCGUGUCGUUCGCUCUUGUACGGCGCUGGUAACCAGCGGCCGUACUACACUAUGCGCCGUCAGUUUUUACUGACCAAACCCUGCGGACCGAGCUGACCCUCGACAGUCCCCUAUAUAUUUAGAAUAUCGCGUGGGUAAAGCACACGCUCUACUACUUCCGACUUCUGCUGUGACGGGAGCCCAAUCGAGCCCGACGACCAUGAAGGAGUCGGCUGUUGCCAACCACGACCGUCGCUGGCGGACUUCGAUGAGCCUCGUGCUACCUCAGGUGCGGUACGAACACCUCCUGGCCGGCAUUUCUGGCGGUGUCACUUCGACCCUGGUGCUGCAUCCGCUCGACCUGCUCAAGAUCCGCCUGGCAGUUAAUGACGGGCAGCUGAAGAGCCGGCCGCAGUAUGGGGGCAUCCUCAACGCCGUCUCAACAAUCAUUAGGGAAGAAGGAAUUCGAGGUCUCUACCGUGGUGUCGCACCAAACUGCUGGGGUGCUGGUACUUCAUGGGGCCUCUACUUUCUCUUCUACAAUUCCAUCAAGACCUGGAUGCUGGAUGGCUGCCCCGACAAGCAGCUUGGUCCUGGGAAGCACAUGAUGGCAGCCGCAGAGUCCGGGCUGCUUACUCUAGUCAUCACGAACCCCAUCACCAUGGUGAAGACGCGCAUGUGCCUCCAGUACGCCGACCACCACAUGGACUUGCCGGCCACCCGUCGCUACUCGGGCAUGCUGGACGCAUUUCAGAAGGUCUACAAGUAUGAAGGGGUCACCGGCCUCUACAGGGGCUUUGUUCCGGGCAUGUUCAACGUAUCCCAUGGAGCGCUGCAGUUCAUGGUGUACGAGGAGAUGAAGAAGGCUUACUGCAGUCGUUUCAAUGUGUCGCCACAGGCCAAACUGGGUACAUUUGAGUACCUGACGUUUGCUGCACUAUCCAAACUGCUCUCUGCGAGCAUCACUUACCCAUAUCAGCUGAUGAGGGCCCGCCUCCAGGAUCAGCACCAGAAUUACCAGGGCCUCAAGGAAGUCGUCGUGCGAACACUUCGGUACGAGGGCCUGCGAGGUUUCUACAAGGGUGUCACGGCCUACUUCCUCCACGUGACCCCAAACAUCUGCAUUGUGUUUCUCAUGUACGAGAAGCUGGCUCCCCUGCCCGAGCAGCGCUCCUAGUGUGCCCAGACCGAUGACAAACUGGCGGGAGAGGGCAUCGCCAUCUGCGGUUCGCUCGAGCCCGACAGGGUUGCCAACACCAUGGACGAGGCCCGCUGAAGGCGUGUGCGGGGCUGGCAUGGACAGCUCUACUCUGCUGCGUUCAUGCUCGCAUGGACUGUGUUAGGACAUGUAGCUCUUCGGUCCUGUCGGAUGCAGAUUUGCUGGUGUGGUUCAAGGGUUGUUCUUGUGCACAUGUGGUCGGACAUGCUGUAAUGGUUGGCUUUCAGUUCUUUUUUGAGCCGUUGGCAUUUCAGUGUGGGGAAUGUGCUUUUAGCAUUGCCUGCGAGCUAUGGCAGUUGUCCGUUUGACAUUGGUAAAGGUAGCAUACAUUCCUAUGUGAUUGCUGAUGGCGCAGAGGUUUUAUGCAGAAAAAGCAAUGUCUGUGCCGGAUCUUCGUUUGAUUUUGCGGAUGCUAGGGUCCAAACAGAAAAGGAGGCAAAUGCCUUGAUGGCGAGUACUAAACAUUGCAUCCGACAGGACCGAAGAGCCCUUAUUGAGGCUGGUGGCAAGUUUGCAUUGGCCAGUAUUUAUUCAAUUUCUCUCAUCGCCUUUGGCAAAGCUGCCUGUGUCUUCUCGACGCAUCUCCUUUUUGUUACUGUUGACUGCUUCUCAUCUGGAGCUUUGUUACAGGCCUAUGCUGUUGUGCGCGCUUAAAUAUUGAACAGUUUCUUGUUCCAUUCAUUCUCUUUUGAUGUGGUUCGUUUGCUAACGACACUAGCUGUUAAAAACUAAAUUCUUGUUUUCAUCUCCCUCCACUUUCAUCUGCCACUCUGUGCCCCUCCUCUAGACCAUCUUUCCUUUCAUGCCUGCAUCACUGAAGCAUAAUUGUAAAAGCUGGAUUCAGAUGACGGGACAAGGUCUACCCGUGCACCGUGUUAUGACAUGGUUAUUCAUCUGCGUCACAUCUUGACAUGCCUUAAUUCGUCACGCACGGGCAAUAUGCCUUUGUAAAUGCAAUAGCAUGCAGUGCAUUAUCAGAACAAAUGCCUGAGCACAGAAAGACUGCAUAAGUGUUCAAUCCGCACUAACAGCUCCAGUUGCCAGACAUAGUUUCGAAGUGUAUCAAGCCUGCGUAGGGCUGUGCCGCCGACGAAAGUAGGCAUGGCUUAUGUCAUGCUUUACAGUGGCAUGAAGCCUUCGGCGGUCGUUGCCCAUGGAACUUCUCGCCCUGGAAAGCCCUAGACAGUAAGGACUGGAGUCUGCCUCCCUCUGUGGUACUUCCGCGUAGUGGGGAUGCCACUCGAGGCCAGCUGAACACCAAGAAGCGAAUAGAGGUCAUGUGUCCAGUGACUUCGUUUCUUUUGACGGAAGCCGUACAGGUCAUGAUGCCCGUCAUUUCGUAAAUCUAAAUCCUUCCCGUCAUUUAAAUCCAGCUUAAUCAUUCCCAUCUCUAAAGGCAUUCUUCAUACGCUUCCUUUCUUGAUCUCACAUACAGCACUGCAGUAGAUGGAACAAAAGGCAUGGAGGCAAUCUCUUGUCAUUAUGUGCCACUGAACAGUUUGUAUGCUGUAGCCUUUAUGAUAGCCUUUCGCUGCACUGUUUGUGCUAACCAUGACGAGUCUUGGCAACCUGUACCUGAGGCUGGGUUUGCUGUGGAAAAGAAUGGGCUCUAGCUGGUAUGUGCAUGUAUUAAUGUUAGCACUUUAAUGACAUGCCGGGGUUAUAAAUAACAAGUAGCAGCACAGGGUGUAAUAUCUCGUGACAGCUUUUUGUGAACCAGGGUUGUCCUGUGGCAUUUUAUUGCGCAACACUUAUUUGGUACGAAUGUCUGAUUGUGUGACACUUAUUGGCACAACAGUGUCUUGAUACUGGGAAGAUUCCCAUUGCUGCAAAAUCCUUCACAAAGGCAAAAAGCUGUUGUAAAAGAAAGCCUACAUGAGGCGAGACGUACAUGACACAAUUGCUGGACUAAAAACUGAAUGAAAGUUGUUGAUGACGUGAACUUGCCCAAGCGUACCGCCAUGCACAUCUGCAAGCAUAGAGGCAACUCCAUGAUUACUUUGUGCUAUGCGCUUCAAUCUCCAAAAACUCCAUCUGUUAGUCCAGCAAUUGUUGUCUACUUUUUUUCUCUUGCAUAAACUAUCUUUUUUCACUAGUUUUUUUUUUUUCUUGGUUCAUUGUUUAUCAACUUGCUUGGCCUUGUUGAAGUCUACGCAGCUGUGGGAUUUGACGAAAGGCCCAUGCCAUUUGAUUGAAAAUGAUGCCGCAAGAUGCUGCAUAUUAGUGCUGCUGUUAUCAGAUACAUCCUGGUAUUCUGCUGCUAAAAUGUUAACUGAAACAUGUAUGUACCAGCUAGAACUCUCUCUAUAUAUAUUACCAUGUUCCUAGGUUGUUGCGAUGACAUCGCCUUGUUAUUUAUUGUUCGCCACUUCUCACAGUCAUCGUCCAUAACCACCAUGUUUUUGUUUUUCUCCUCCACAUGUCGCACGGCGGUGUGUUUUUUGCGUGCACAUCAUCUGAGCCUCGGGUUGACACGCACGCUGUACGAGAGUUGAUGUGGGUGCCUCGGGAGAUGUCUCUGAACUGAGUGUAUAGACAGUUUCUGGAAAGCUGAAGUGCGUUGCUCGCAUUUUUUUUUUAACAAGACUGUGAUAAACUCUUUUCCGGAAUGGUUCACGGGUCUGUUCUGGAAAUGACGAAACCAAAGUUCUGCUAAGAGAAAAAAAAAAGAAGACUGAAGAUUUUAACCUGUUUGUGUGUGGGUGUGUGUGUCAGGCCAACUUCCGAGGCUCUGAAGCUGUGGUUGUCUCGCGCACGAUUCACCUUUGCAGCUCUUGUGGUCGUUUCGAAAAGGGACGAGAAGCGAGGGCAUAGUGAGUCACGGCUGGUCCUCGCAAUCCACUGCUGCUACGCGAGUUGUGAUGUCUGCACAGGGCCGCAGGCAGCAUCGUUAGUGUCAAAGGCUGUGCAACUUAGUGAAGCAUCCUCAUGGAGCAAUGUGUACUACAUGACAAACGCCAGAUUACGAUUGUGUAUUUUUGUUUGUCAUUGCUCUCAUGUCAUGUAACUACAUCCAUUAUGUAUAAAAGAACUAUGGUUAUCGAGCAAAA